UUUUUGAUUUUCCCCCAAAAAUCCAACGUCAGUGCGCAUGCCCACAUCAAAAAGAGUUCGUAAUCAAUUGGGUAAAUACUGAUGACGUGCAUGCCGGUGUAUCUUUCAACAGUAAAACAAGUUUUCCUCUGAAAAUUAGUAUUAUAUCACCGAAUAUUAUAAUAGUAUUGUAAUUAGAAAGCAAUCAAGAUGCUGCAGGGACUUUUCGAUGAUGUGAAGCGAAUGAAUAAACGACAGUUCAUCUAUCAAGUUCUCAGCUUUGGUAUGAUUGUAUCAUCGGCGUUGAUGAUAUGGAAAGGAUUGAUGGUCGUAACGGGAAGUGAGAGUCCAAUUGUCGUGGUGCUUAGUGGAAGUAUGGAACCAGCGUUUCAUCGUGGAGAUCUCCUUUUCCUCACUAAUUACCAGGACGAACCCGUUCGUGUUGGAGAGAUUGUUGUCUUUAAGGUCGAUGGUAGAGACAUUCCAAUCGUCCAUCGAGUCCUCAAACUUCACGAAAAGGCUGACGCGAAUGGCACAGUGAAAUUCCUGACGAAGGGUGACAACAAUUCGGUUGACGAUCGAGGAUUGUACGCCCCAGGUCAACUCUGGUUAACUCACAAAGACGUAGUCGGAAGAGCAAGAGGCUUCUUACCGUAUGUUGGAAUGGUAACAAUAUACAUGAACGAGUAUCCGAAGCUCAAGUACGCUGUAUUAGCCUGCCUUGGGUUGUAUGUACUAAUCCACAGAGAGUGAGUCAACUCGUAGAGUCAAUUGAAUCUAGACCUAUCAAAAAAAAUCAAUCAAUUUUUGUUUUACUUUUAAUAUACCAGCAUUUCCGUUAAAUAAUAAACAUAAGAUUUUUUAAAAUUA